AUGGAAGCUAUCGUGUGCUUCGUAGCCCUAUCCACCCUAUUCUACAUUUGGUUUCUCAAGCUCGUCGCCGGCAGGAGCAACAGCCAAAGAAAGCCGCAGCUGCCGCCUGGACCAUGGACUCUCCCCAUCAUCGGCAGCCUCCAUCACGUCGUCAGCGUCCUCCAACACCGUACCAUCACGGACCUGUGUCGCCGGCAUGGGCCGCUGAUGCUCCUCAAGCUCGGCGAGCUCCCCGCCGUGGUGGUCUCCAGCGCCGAGGCGGCGGCGCAGGUGAUGAAGACCAACGACGCCGUCUUCUCGAACCGCCGGACCACGGGGUUGCAGGACAUCGUUGGCUUCGGCGGCCAGGGCAUAAUCUUCGCCCCAUACGGCGACCAUUGGCGCCAGAUGCGGAAGGUUUGCGUCAUGGAGCUUCUCAGCCCCAGGCAAGUGAGGCGGAUGGAGGGCAUCAGGGCCGAGCAGGUGGGCGGCCUCGUCCGCUCCAUCGCAUCCUCGGCCGGCGCCGCCACCAUCAACGUUAGCCAGGAGGUGGCGGCGCUCAGCAACGGCAUCGUGACGCGGGCGGUGUUCGGCGGCAAUUUCGUGCGGCAGGAGGAGUACCUCCGCCGGGUCGACGAGAUCAUGAACCUCAUGGGUGGCUUCUGCCUCGUCGACCUCUUCCCGUCAUCGUGGCUGGUGCGGCGGCUGAGCAAUGGCGAGCGCCAGAUGAAGAGGAGCUGUGCAAGCAUCCUACGCAUCAUCGACGAGAUCAUCAACAAUCGCAAGGAGAUGCGGGCUGCCGGCGGCAACGAUGGCGCCUGCAGCAAGGAGGACGAGGACCUUCUGGACGUGCUGCUCAGGCUGCAGCAUGAGGACUCGCUGGCUUUCCCUCUGACCACAGAGAUGAUAGCCACCGUCUUGUUUGAUAUGUUUGGAGCUGCCACAGAGACCACAGGAACCACUUUAGAGUGGGCUAUGUCGGAACUCAUAGCUCAUCCCAAAGCUAUGGCUAAGGCACAAUUAGAGGUUCGGAAGGUUCUUGGUCAAGACCAAGCUAUCAUUUCCAGCAGCGACCUUGCAGAACUCCCCUACUUGCGGAUGGUAAUCAAGGAGGUUCUUAGAUUGCAUCCACCUACUCCUCUACUCCCGCGCAAGACUAGAGAGGAUUGCAAAAUUAUGGGGUUUGACAUCCUUGAAGAAACAAAUAUAUACAUUAAUAUCUUUGCAAUAUCCCGAGAUCCUCAAUAUUGGGACAAUCCUACAAACUUCAAUCCAGAGAGAUUUAAGAACAAGAAUGUGGAUUAUAAUGGGUCAUGUUUUGAAUUCACUCCUUUUGGAGGUGGGCGCCGGCAAUGCCCUGGCAUUUCAUUUGCCUCGUCAAUUUUGGAGAUCACCUUAGCAAACUUUCUCUAUCACUUCGACUGGAUGCUUCCUGACGAUGCCAGCUCGUUGUCACUUGACAUGUCUGAGAAAUUUGGGUUCAGUGUACGUAGAAGGUCUGACCUGCAACUUAGGGCUAUUCCACGUACGUACUCCAAAGCUACACCGAUAUAG